GAUUUACAUACUUGUUCAUACUGUUCAUUCCAGCUGUGAAAUCAAAAUAAAAACAAUGUCGCUGGUGGCAGAUUACAGCGAUUCCUCCGAAUCCGAUUCCGACGAGGAGAGCAGCAGCCAAUCCUCGGAUGGCGAGCAGACCAAUACUGCGCCGGCAGUGGAGGAGAAGCCUCCUCCCAAGUUGCCCAGUGCUAGCCAAGCGCUUGCUCAAGGAGCCAUCAAGGGCGAUGUGUUCAGCAAUCCCUUCUUGCAGGCAGAGCUGCACAAGACCGCCUCCCUGGAGCGGCACGUGAAGAUGGUGGACAACGAUGCGCAUUUGCAGCUGAAGAAUGGGCGCAAGAUAUGCUGGAACUUCAGGAGGGGACGCUGCCGCUUUGGCACCAGCUGCCAGUAUGCCCACGAUUCCGAUCUGUCUGUGGAUGAGGCGGCGGAGAAGAGUGCACUGCCAGAUCAACCAGUGCCCGUGGUGAAGGAGGCCACAGCGGGACAUUCCAACAAGCGCAAGCGACCCGGACUGGGUGAUGCCCUGGAGCCGGGCAAGCGGGUUAUGAACUCCUACAAGCAGCACAACCCGCAGAAUCCGUUUGCCCGGCGCUAGACCACUCCGGCCUGCGUGAUGCGCACCAGACAGUGGCCACCCGGGGGGCCAUAGGUGUUCGAAAGGACGUGCACCAGGCGCAGGCCGUCGACCUGCCCGGCAGAGUCAUCAUCAUCCACCGGCAGUUCCAGCGACAGCCUAAGCGUGCACACCGAGCUCCAGUAGGCACCCAGCAUGGGCUCCAACUGGUGACGCGUCGCCCUCUCCUCAUUGUUGCCAUCGCCCUCAUCAUUACAAUUAUCUGUUAAGAGAAAGUAGUAAAUAGUUUGAAUCGUA